UGUGUGUGUGUAUAUAUGUGUGUGUAUGUAUGUGUAUAUAUGUAUGUGUAUAUAUCAUAAUAUCACAGAAGUCUGUUAUUUGACCUUACUUGUAAAGUAUCUAAUUAAGAGAUGCAACUUCUGGGUCAAGAGAUAGACAGCUUAUUACUUAGAGAAUAGCUGUAACCAGAGUAUCAGUAAUUUUUGACCAUUUCCCAUAGGGCACUGCAAAGAGGGCCAGAUAAAAUCUGUUCGUGCUGUGUGUUGCAUUACAGGAGAGGAGCCCUGAGCUUAGGGCACCUGAAUCUUUUGUAAUAGACAGUAAGCGUAGCUGACCUUUGCUUUCUGUCUUCUGAGGCUAUUCACUAUAUGAGCAACCUUGAAAAGAUAGUUCAGAAUAAUGGGCUGCCAUUAGCCUAACUCAAAAGACAUGCAGAAAUAGGAAAGACUCAUGCAGUAUGGUUUCCUGACACAUGAAUGAUUCUCAAAUUAUGAUUGACUUUACACAAUGUUUUUGAUUCACAGCUAAGUUCAAAAGAGGUGUCCUUGAUGGACAGACAACAUUCUUCCAAGCUGUGAAUCACAGGCUUAGGUUUCUUCCAUCUUGUGACUGCCUUCUUUAAAAUGCUGCCUGUAUGGCUUGAAUGCUUAUUUUUGUUAUCUAUGUAACAGUUAUCUAUGUAACCAGUGUGGAUACUAGAAAUUUGGGGCUACUAAGGACCAGGCCUAGGGGUGACACACAUCAUUUUCAUUCAGACUGCACUGAUUGGAACCCAGUGCAAUGGCCACAUGUAACUGCAAAGGAAGCUGGGAAACGUCUAGUUACAUGCCAAAUAAAAAGAAAUGAGUUUGGCGAAUAGGCUGUCUCUACCUCAUUUUCGCCCAUUCUUGUUAAUUUGUAUGUAAUUACAGAGAAUGACAGAAGACAGAGCAUUUAAAAAAUGAAAGUUAAAAAACAAAAUCCCACUACAUAUCUCACCAUUGAGAAAUAACUAUCACUUACUACUAAGCAAAUAUCACAGAUUUUUUCUAUGCAUAGAGAUAUACAUACAUACAUAAAAAGGAUAGAAAAAAAUUAUUAAAUUGAGUGAAACCUAGUGAUGUUUUAAACACCAAAGGCAGAUUUACUUGACUGUAUAGAGGGAAAAGAAACCCUUUUUGUACAAAAACAACAACAACAAAAUUUAGCUGAAUGUGUGGUAUGUGCCUGUCAUCACAGCUACUCUGGAGGCUGAGGUUGGAGGAUGCCUUGAGCCUGGAGUUUGAGGCUGUAGUGAGCUAUGAUCAUACCACUGCACUCCAACCUGGGUGAAAGAAUGAGAUCAAAAAAACUUUUUCCUCCUUUACCACAAGAAAUACUAUUUCCUCAAAGAUACCUUUAUGUUUAAUAAUAGAAAUUACAAAAGCAAACAAGACGUUGAAGAGGUGAGACUGUCUUUCUAGUUGGGGUGCUUUUUAGCUGUAAGUGAUGGAAUACUCAAAUCAGAGUGGCUAAAGCAAUUCGAAAUUUAUUACUUCAUGAAGGUUCAGAUGCUAGGCUUUUCUAAGAUUGGUUAAUUUAACAAUAGCCAAUUCAGCUGUAGCACAGCAUUGUUGACUUUUUUGUGAUUUUCUUGACUUUUGCAGUCAUGGUUGCCAGGUCACUGCAGUUGUUCUGAGGAUCAUGGUCUAACACUUGAGCAUCUAAAGGCAGGAAGGGAAGACCUUUAAGAAUGAGGAGAACAGCUAGAAAAUUUCAACAUCUGGCGUGGUGCAGUGGCUCACCCUGUAAUCCAGCACUUUGGGAGAAAUAUAAAGAGAAGGACAAACACAAACAAAAACACAAGAAGCAGCCCGAACCAUCACCUGCAUUGGUUCCAUCCCUGACUGUUACUACAGAAAAAACUUAUACAAGCACUAGCAACAACUCUAUAUCUGGAUCACUGAAGCGCUUGGAAGAUACUACUGCACGAUUUACAAAUGCAAAUUUCCAGGAAGUCUCUGCACACACCUCUAGUGGAAAAGAUGUUUCAGAGACUAGAGGGUCAGAGGGCAAAGGGAAGAAAUCUUCAGCUCACAGCUCAGGUCAAAGGGGAAGAAAGCCUGGUGGUGGAAGAAAUCCAGGAACAACUGUGUCAGCAGCUAGCCCUUUUCCUCAAGGCAGUUUUUCAGGAACUCCAGGCAGUGUAAAAUCAUCUUCUGGAAGUUCAGUACAGUCUCCCCAGGAUUUCCUGAGCUUUACAGACUCAGAUCUGCGUAAUGACAGUUACUCUCACUCCCAACAGUCAUCAGCAACCAAAGAUGUACAUAAAGGAGAGUCUGGAAGCCAGGAAGGGGGGGUAAAUAGUUUUAGUACCUUAAUUGGUCUCCCUUCAACCUCAGCUGUUAUUUCACAGCCUAAAAGCUUUGAAAAUUCACCUGGAGAUUUGGGUAAUUCCAGCCUUCCUACAGCAGGAUAUAAGCGGGCUCAAACUUCUGGCAUAGAAGAAGAAACUGUAAAGGAAAAGAAAAGGAAAGGAAAUAAACAAAGUAAGCAUGGACCUGGUAGACCGAAAGGAAACAAAAAUCAAGAGAAUGUUUCUCAUCUCUCAGUUUCUUCUGCUUCACCAACAUCAUCUGUAGCAUCAGCUGCAGGAAGCAUAACAAGCUCUAGUCUGCAGAAAUCUCCUACAUUGCUCAGGAAUGGAAGUUUACAGAGCCUUAGUGUUGGCUCAUCUCCAGUUGGUUCAGAAAUUUCCAUGCAGUAUCGGCAUGAUGGAGCUUGCCCAACAACUACGUUCUCAGAGUUGCUGAAUGCAAUACACAAUGACAGAGAUGACAGUUCUACACUAACAAAGCAAGAACUUAAAUUCAUAGGUAUUUAUAACAGCAAUGAUGUAGCAGUAUCAUUUCCAAAUGUAGUAUCUGGCUCGGGAUCUAGUACUCCUGUCUCCAGCUCUCACUUACCUCAGCAGUCUUCUGGGCAUUUGCAACAAGUAGGAGCACUCUCUCCCUCAGCGGUGUCAUCUGCAGCCCCUGCUGUUGCUACAACUCAGGCAAAUACCCUAUCUGGAUCUUCGCUUAGUCAGGCACCGUCUCUUAUGUAUGGCAAUAGAUUAAAUCCAAAUUCAUCAAUGGCAGCUCUUAUAGCUCAGUCUGAAAACAAUCAAACAGAUCAAGAUCUUGGAGACAAUAGCCGCAACCUAGUUGGCAGAGGAAGCUCACCCCGAGGAAGUCUCUCGCCACGAUCCCCUGUAAGCAGCUUACAGAUUCGCUAUGAUCAACCAGGCAACAGCAGUUUGGAAAAUCUGCCUCCAGUAGCAGCCAGCAUAGAACAGCUUUUGGAGAGGCAGUGGAGUGAAGGACAGCAGUUUUUAUUAGAACAGGGUACUCCUAGUGACAUUUUAGGAAUGCUGAAGUCAUUACACCAACUUCAAGUUGAAAACCGAAGAUUAGAGGAACAAAUUAAAAACUUGACUGCCAAAAAGGAACGGCUUCAGUUAUUGAAUGCACAGCUUUCAGUGCCUUUUCCAACAAUUACAGCAAAUCCUAGUCCGUCUCAUCAAAUACACACAUUUUCAGCACAGACUGCUCCUACUACUGAUUCCUUGAACAGCAGUAAGAGCCCUCAUAUAGGAAACAGCUUUUUACCUGAUAAUUCUCUUCCUGUAUUAAAUCAGGACUUAACCUCCAGUGGACAAAGCACCAGCAGCUCAUCAGCUCUUUCUACCCCACCUCCUGCUGGGCAGAGUCCGGCUCAACAAGGCUCAGGAGUGAGUGGAGUUCAGCAGGUCAAUGGUGUGACAGUGGGGGCACUAGCUAGUGGAAUGCAGCCUGUAACUUCCACCAUUCCUGCCGUGUCUGCAGUGGGUGGAAUAAUUGGAGCUUUGCCAGGUAACCAACUGGCAAUUAAUGGCAUUGUAGGAGCUUUAAAUGGGGUUAUGCAGACUCCUGUCACAAUGUCCCAGAACCCUACCCCUCUCACUCACACAACUGUACCACCUAAUGCAACACAUCCAAUGCCAGCUACACUGACUAACAGUGCCUCAGGACUAGGAUUACUUUCUGACCAGCAAAGACAAUUACUUAUUCAUCAACAGCAGUUUCAGCAGUUGUUAAAUUCUCAACAGCUCACACCAGAACAACAUCAAGCCUUUUUGUAUCAGUUAAUGCAACAUCACCACCAGCAGCACCACCAGCCUGAACUUCAGCAGCUGCAGAUCCCUGGACCAACACAAAUACCCAUCAACAACCUUCUUGCAGGUACACAGGCACCCCCACUUCACACAGCUACCGCCAACCCAUUUCUCACAAUCCAUGGAGAUAAUGCAAGUCAGAAAGUAGCAAGACUUAGUGAUAAAACCGGGCCUGUAGCUCAAGAGAAAAGUUGACACCUGAGAAACAUCUAGAAAUUGCCUGUCCUGCUGUUCUAGCACUUCAUCUGGCUGCCUUUGCAGUCCUUUUACUACAGCUAUGAAGAAAUGCAACAAGAAACUUAAUGCACAACAAAGGAUUAAUUGCCGCAAGGACAUUCUUGUAAGGCUUUGAUCAGUUUUCUUGUUGCUUUGUUGCACUGAAAUGGAAUUCCCAUGCCCCUACCCCUUACCCCAAUUUUUUGAACAUGGAAAGAAAAUUUAAUACGUUUUUAAAGUGAUAUAAUUUACAUGCAAUAUGUUUAUCAACUCAAGAAUAUAGUUGGUACACAACUAGGUUUAUAAAUUGGAGAUAUGAAUAACAAAACUAAAUACUUGUUCCAUUUACAAACUACUUGAUUUUAUUGUACAAGUUGAAAUAUGCUCUUUUGUUUGGGUUACAGUAUGCUUGCUCUAAGUCAAAUUCCAAGGAACUAAUUUCUUCUGGAGUUCCAUUGAUUCAAUAUUACAAAUAUAUAGCGCAUCACCUGGGACUUGGCAAUCUUUGUUAAAAAAUAUUUCCUUUCUAAUGGGAUUUAGCCAGUUUUGGUAAUCAAGUUAGGAUGGUAAUGUCUGCAUCUGCUAAAGGUAAUUUUCUUUUGAGAAUUGCUUUCUUUAGUGUUAAGAGCUACUCAUAUUUUAAAGAAACCUUGAGUUAACUGAGUUCUGAGGCUGCUGGGGGAACCAGAUCAAUUCAAAGCGAAAUAUUUCUUUCAGAAAGGGGCCACUCUGGAAAGUGCUGGUGGGGUUUGCCCUUGAUCAAGUGCCUCCAUUGUGCUGCAAGGGCUCUAGACAGCAGGGUGGGACAGUCAGUCCUCCGAGCAGCAGGAAUCAUCCCUUCACACCUGCAGCCUUCCCAUGCUUCCGCCUUUAUUCAGAACUUUCUGUGCCACUGUAGAUAGCUCAGGCAAAACUAUUACCUGGGUAUUUAUCCACUAAUGAGUCACAAGAAAAGGAGUGGAUUUGGUAAGAAUAGAGAGUUGUUUUAUUUUAACCACUUCCCAUUACUGACCAUUAAAACAAAAGCUCACCACUAGAGUUCCUGAAAACAGGUGAAACCUGUAUGACAGCCCUUCCACUUUGGGGAGCCACACUUUUGAUGUGACAGUACCGCAGAGUGAUCCACCAUGGGGGAUGUAAUCACCAAACUGUUCUUUGGUGUGUGAAUUAUUAGUGGAAAAGACCCAGCUGUAAUUAGACCUCCACUGUGUACUUAGCUGGAAGAACAUGUUAAUUCUGCAAUAUGUCUCUUGGUUAAACAUUGCACAGUUCUUACCUCAUUUCUGUAAAUAAAGUUUUGUGAAUCUGUUUUGUAUUGUGAAAAAUUCAUAAGAUAACAUUGAUAUUUUGAUUUGUAAUAUUUCUAAUUGGUAGAUUUAAUUGAAAAGUAAAAUUAAUUUAUUUUUAUAUGUUCAGGGGAAUUUUAAAGUCAAGUAUUUUGUAGAUAAUUUAAAAAAUCAGUGUGGUUUAUUUUACUUAUUUAACCCACUGGUUGUUAUUCUGUAACAGUUUGUAUAAAUGGUAAAUUUUGAAUGUGUUGUUAUUUUACCUAGAUGUAAAAUUCCACAUGUAUUAAAGUGUACAAAGUUUUGUUAAUAAAAUUUAAUAAUGUUUAUAA